UUUCUGUUGUUGUCCGAAAGAAAGCCUUUUCGCGGGAAAUGCAAAGUUUUCGUUUGCUUUUGGCAAACAUAAACUUUUGCCAGCCCGCAGUAAUUUCGGUUAAAAGUCUAAAUUCUCAAGAAAAAUGUCCUAUAAUAAACAUUUCUUCAUACUGAAAGAUCUCGCCGAAAACGAAUCGGACGAUCAGUUGCAGAUCAUCACACUUCGUAAUCCGGCCACCGGUAAGCCAACCAAGUAUCUAAUCCGCAAUGAUGACCUUGAUUUGUACGAACUGAACUGUUUCUCGGAGGCGAAUCGGUCGUGGUUCAUCAACGAAACGGUGUGCUCCAAUGGGAAGAUAUUCCUCCCGACUAGGAUAGAUCCCCUGUUUUUGGCUAUACCUUAUUUGGAGAAGAACUGCAAUGGGAAAGCCGUUCCUUUGGAUCACAUCCUGGUGGAUGAUGAUUUUCCCCAUACGCACCGGCUGGUGAAGGCAUGCUCCAGAACCGGACAGCUGGCGUUGAUUUCCGAUGAGAAAAAGGCCGGUGAAAUUUGCGCCUACAAGUACAAUGAGGAAAAACUACUGGAUUGGCUUCGUCGGAAAUGUGUCCGGCUGGAACAAGCCUUGGGAAAGGAACGUAAGUUCUCCCGGUCGCACAAUUUCGUCAAGGAGGAAAAGGAAAACGAGCGGCAAGCUGGCGAGAUGCUUCUGUAUGCUCACGGCAUUAUGUCCGAUUAUUUGAGCCUGGAACACAGCCGAAAGCUUAGCAUUGCCGUUGGAAUUCCGGAGGAGAAGCCUCAGAAUAAACGGAAGUCAACCGCUGAGCUGGAAUUUAGCCAGAUAAAGAAGAUCAAGAAGGAGGAAAUCCACGAGACGACGCCAAUCAAACCCGUGGAGAAGAAGGUAAGUGCCAAAUCGAAGGCGCUGGCCAAAGCGGCUUCAGGAACGAAAAGUAUUGCCAGUUUCUUCAAAAAGUAAUGCGAGGGUUUGUUAUGUGUUAUUGUUUGUUUCAUUUAAUGAUGAUUAAAAUAGGGAAUAAAUUAAGGAAUACAUAAAGCUAA